GUGAGAACGAAUACUGUAAGUAAAAAUGGGCAAAGAUUUCUAAUUAAUUUAGAUUCUAUUUUGCCUUUAACUGAUCUCCUUUAAUACAUAAUACUAUUGGGCGUAUAAGAGAAAAAAAGUAUGGCUGCUUCUAGCGACAAGACCAAUGCCUCGACAACAGCUGGUAAAAUGUCGACUAAAGAUCUGGCAAGAUCACUUGGUUUGAUUCGGAAGCUUUCGUCUUCAACCGCGAAAAAAUCUGAUGUUUUAAAAGCUAAAAAACAGCCAUUUACCUAUCUCGUGGUUAUUGACUUUGAGUCAACAUGUUGGAAAGACAAGAGAAUGAGCAAUGCUCCUGAAAUAAUUGAAUUUCCUGCUGUUCUUAUGCGCACAUCUACUGGAGUGAUUGAAUCAGAAUUCCACCAGUAUGUGCAGCCUAAUGAACACCCAAGAUUGAGUGACUUCUGUAAAGAAUUGACAGGAAUAACCCAGUCACAAGUGGAUAAUGGCAUACCAAUAGGAACCUGUCUGAUGUUGUUCAAUAACUGGUUACAAGAACUGUACAACAAGAAAAAUAUCAAGUUCUUGUCAGAUGCUGUGAAGGCUACUGAGACAGAACAGAAAUCAGAAACAGAUGUUAAAUGGUGUACAUUUGUUACUUGGUCAGAUUGGGAUAUAGGAAUCUGCUUGAAGAAUGAAUGUCAGAGAAAGAGACACCUGGUGCCGCAGCCAAUGAGGUGCUGGAUUGAUCUUAGGGCAACUUACAAGACAUUCUAUAGUCGUAAACCAAACGGGCUGGCCGGAGCGCUGACAGACCUGGGUAUUCAGUUUACAGGAAGGCAACAUUUUGGCCUUGAUGACGCACGUAACACUGCAAGGCUUGCAAGGAGGAUGAUCAAAGAUGGCUGUGUAAUGAAUGUAACCAGCUCCAUCGAUGCGAGUGUCAGUGUAUUGCACCAAAUAAUCCAAAAUGGUUUUAAGAAAAACGAAGCUCCUAAAGAGCCAAAGAGGAACAUAUUGAACAUACUACAGUCCAUUGGAGCAAAAAAGGCCUGCGAGGCAAACCAACUAGAAAAAUCCAAUUGUAUACAAAACACUGUUGGUAUUUCUGUCCACGCUGGGACCGAACGGGAAUUGGAAAACUUGAAGACACAAGCAAAUCCAAACGCCUGUGUGUUAAAAACUUGUUUUUCGAAACAAGAUGGCAAAGAUGAAUUUGAAGUUUUGCAAGAGAAUGAAAUGCAAGAUGCCGCUACUCUUUCAGUACAAAGUCUUCUGGCUCCUCCAGUUUCGGUUUCUGUUUCUACUUCCACUGUCGACGCUGUUUACAACAAAACAGAUGCGACUAAAGUCCUUGUAUCGCCGGUAACUAGUUUAACCAGUUUUACUGGACAGCGGUGUUCGUCAAUCGAAGCAAGACCGGUUAGCGAAUCAGCUGUAAGAAAUGAUGCUAAUCUUCUGAAGCGAAAGUUACCUUAUGAGGUUAACACACCGAUGGCAGCCAAACGAGGCCUUGUUAAACAAACUCUGGGGAUGAAGUUACCUGCAAAAUCCUUGGGUUCAAUUCGUGAUGGGAGCUUUGUUAAAACAUCAGCGUCCCCAAAGGUAUCUGCGAGAGAACAUUGUCCUGCAACUUUUGUAAACAAUCAAGAAAACGUUAAGCCUAAAAGUACAGUACUCAAGGGUCUUUGCAAAAGUUCCAAUGUAUCAGAAUUCAAGUCCAAGAGUCCUAGAUUAGUUGAUCGUACAAAUUUGCUGUCCAGCCACGCCCUGCAUUCUUUAGAAAGAAGCACUGAGAAAAAUGUUGAAAAGUCCUCUGAAGUGCGACAACAAAAUGACAUCAAAAUAGCAGAAAAUUUAGACCAAGAAAAUAGAAUCAAAGUAGUAGAUACUGCACAAGGUGUUUUCAAAACCCCAAAACCAGUCAGCUCUGCAAGAAGACAGACUUCGCUGUCAGUAAGGAAUGGAUACGCGAAUUUGAGUACUAAGGCGACAGUCACGCCAAAAAAUUUCAAAAGUCCUAACUGUGUCACUCCACUUUCCAUUAGUGGAAGCGUGACUCCAGUGUUGCGUUUUAAUGGCGGAAGCGUAACGCCACCGUUGUGUGACUGCGGUCGUCGUGCUCGUCGUUUGACUGUUGGAAAACCAGGACCCAAUCAGGGACGAGUAUUUUACGCAUGUUCUGUGCGGAAUAACCGUUCAAGCUUUGGAAAAUCACCAGUGAAUGUUGCUACCAAGGCGAAAAAGAAUUGCAAAUUCUUUUGUUGGGAGCCGAAGGGAAUGGAAAUGUCACCGUUUCAAAGAACUUUACAAGGAACACUAAAAGCUAGUGAARCUAAAAAUGUGGGGCUUUCUUUUAUUGACAAGCCACGACAAACAUGAAAUGAAAAAUGUUACCUAGCAAGAAAUGAAAUAGAUAAAUAAAAUAAAGCAUUUUGUGCUCAUUUUGUGCUCA